AUGAAUACACUCAGAACGACACCCCAGUCGACCCGGAUCGCCGGACAUCGAGGCCACAGUGCUGGCGCGCCGGAGAACACCCUAGCCGCGUUCCGGAAGGCACGUGAAUUUGGUGGCCAAGGAGUCACCUGCGAGACUGACCUCGCCUUGACUAGCGACGGCGAGUUGAUCCUUAUUCACGAUGAUACCGUGGAUCGCACCACCAAUGGCCAGGGUCUUGUUCAAAACAUGACCUAUGCGGAGAUCGCUCAGCUCGAUGCGGGUGCAUGGUUCGACAAAUCAUUUGCUGGAGAACGAGUUCCCCAGCUCGCGGAUGCCUUGCAUCUUGCGCGCGAACUUGGCAUCAUAUACCAGCUUGAGCUGAAAAUCUACGACAAAGACGACGUGAUAUUUCCGAAGCUGAGGGCUCUGAUUGACGAGCUCCAAUGUGCCGACCUUCUACAAUUCUCUUCCUUCGACUUCGUUCAGCUGCGGGCGGUCAAGAAGGCUAUCCCAGAGGUCCCCACGGUGGGCAUUUCGCAUUCUCGAUUGAUUGACCCGGCUGCUCUGGCGCGAGAAGCAAAAGUGGACGCCAUCAAUAUUGAGAUACAACAUUUCCCGAGUGGCGAAGCUCAACAACUCCACAAAGAGGGCUUUGCCGUUUUCCUGCAUGUUCCACGCCCGGAGCCUUUGGAGAAACUCAAGUCUUAUGGUGUGGAUGUGGAAGCUCAGGUAGUCACUUGGAUCCUAGAAGGCCAGAUGGAUCAAAUUAUUAGUGAUGACGUCGCACAGAUGGCCAGAAUCAUGAGGGUCGCUCGUGGGUAG